CUUUCUCAGUAAACAUUAAAAACUGAGAGUGAAUCUUGGAAAUUACCUUCUCGGUUUUUAACAAAUAUAAUCAUGUGCAACAUUUCUAGAAGAAAUCAGUCACCUCUGAUAAAUUCUUCAGAAAUAUAGCACUGCUGGGAUACCGAAUAUCUUCCCCAGAAAUAUUAUUUGAUCUUCAAUUUUGAUCUGAAAAUGAGCGAUUCUCGCAGGCGGCGGUCGUCGGGGAACAGCAGACAAAACCAGCGGUCCGCUUCGUCCACUAACGGCGGGCACGACGUAACCAACACCAACGCCAACGGGUCAUCGACUGGCCGGGAUUCGGGAGUUCGGUCGAAAAAUUUUAAGAGUUCAUACCAGAGGUCUGGUAGCUAUGACAAGGUGAGACGCUUGGUAAAGGAAGAAGGAAGGAUGGCUCGUAACCUAGUCACAUGGAAUGUGCCUGUCGAUAGUGAUGACAGUGAUGAUGAUGAAUCCAAGCAACGAAGGAGUCAUAAACAGCACCCUCUUGUGAUGGGGAAAGCUCGGAAGAAGUCCCAGUCAAUGCCGUCCCUAGAAAGCCCUCGAGAACACAAGUCUAGCAGUGGAGAUACACAGGAGAAAGGAAGCCUCACUCCUGGCCGCAAGAAGGCCAUUGCGAAGAAAGCAGACCUGAGAGCUCGAUACUGGGCAUUUCUCUUCGACAACCUCCAGAGGGCAGUAGAUGAAAUCUACCAGACGUGCGAAGUGGAUGAAAGCAUUAUGGAGUGCAAGGAAGUGAUCAUGAUCCUUAAGAGUGCCACUCAGGAUUUCGAGUCGCUCAUCAAGAGGAUUACUGUCCAGAAAGACUUUGAGAAUGCUGAUGCUGAAAACAGACCGACUUCCAUCGUAUGGGAGGUCAGGAAGUCAUCCUCAUCCCCAGCCAAGCUAAGAUCACCUAGCUGGCCUGCUGAGGCUCGGCUUCAUUCACCUAGACGGCCUACAUCCCUGGCAUGGGAGGUGCGUAAGACGUCCCCCGGACACGCCCUUGGUAGCCCCACCCCUGAUGGGUACAGAAACACCCCCAGUCCGGUGAACAGGACAUUGAACUUUGGCACAACAGCUGCUGCACAAGGGUCUGGAAAAGCAAGCCCUGUUCCAGUGGCUUCCAUGGGCACUAGCUGGGCUGACAGAGUAAAGGGCAAGAAACCCAUCAGACCUAUCCCACAGUCUCCCAUCAAAGAGGAACCAGCCAAGCAAACUCCCCAUCCUCCUCCUCCUGCUCCUCCUUCUGCUCCUCCUUCAUCCCAAGAUGCUCAGAAUGAGACAAGAGUACCCAGUCUAGAUGGGACACACAGCGAAGAUGCUGAUGACGAGGGCUGGGAGACAGUGCAACGCAGCAAGCCGAACCGUUCCCGCCCCUCCUCCGCCAAACACGCUUCAUCCUCCAACAACAAUAGCCGGCACCACCCUGCCGGCACCACCUCUGCAAACAAAGCCCCUGCCCCUCCUGGUACACACUCGGUGCAGACCAGCACUGCGCCAGUGUCCAGUAAACCCCCACUGCCUGCUCACUCCAAACCCAGGGAGAGGGCUGACAGCGAGAAAGAAAACAGACCAGACCAUGUUGACCAGAGGAAUCUUGCUAGCGGUGGAGGAGUCAACCGACAACUGAUGCAGGAGAAACAGAACGUCUCAUCACCAGCUGUAAUGAUCUUGGAUAUAAAGGAAGAGGAUCCCUCUAUCAUUAGAGCAUCAUCAACGCGCAAAGGACUAGAUUUCUCCUCUGAUGAAGAGCAUGGAGAUGAUGAUAAUGAAGAGGUAUUAGCUACAAGACUUGAUGAUGUGGAGACUGAUCUAGAUGAGGAAGAAACACUGACCAAUGAGCUGGCCAAGUGCCAGGAGGAGGCCCUCGCUCGGGCCAUCGCUGAGGAAGAGAGCCUCAACAAGGAGAUUCAGGAAGAGGAGCAGACAGAGAUCGUCGUGGAAACGGAUGAUGCAGAGAGUGACCUAGGGAAUACAAUGAGUUCAUUGGAGUGUUCCCAGCAAGCCUCCGACUGGGCGGACAUGGCUUUGGACUUUGAACAGCGAGAGAGUGAGGGUGCAUCUUGGAAUGAGCUGGUGAAUAUAGCCGAGAACGUGGAGUUGGCCAGGACACCAGGAUAUGCUCUGCACAUGCAUGAGAAACUCUCCUCGCCUUCAAGGAAAAGGACGAGAGAAGAAUCUCAGAAGCGUCAUGAGGAGAGACAGAGGAAGGCUCAAAGCAAGAGGGAACAGCUCUCAGAGGCUAAGUCUACUAGACUUACAGUGCUUCAUGAAAAGGUUGAAGAGGUGGUGGAAUGGAAGGACGAACUGAACAGACAGAAGAAGAAACUUCUUGAGGAGAAGCAGAAGAGAGCCGAGGAGAAGAGAUUGAUGCAGCUACAGGCCGUCAUCAGGAAGGCACAGGACGAGGAAGCAAAGGCCAAUGAAAUAGCAUUCAUCAAUUCUUUGGAGGCACAGAACAAGAAGCAUGACAUCAUGGCUAGGCAUCAGGGUCAUGAGGCUCGUUACCAUGACAUCCUGGAGGAGAGACAGAGGAAGAAUGAGGAGAAGGCUGCUAAGGAGGAGGCUGUACAGGAAAGAAGAAAGGCUCUUGAAGGGGAGAGGAUAGCUCGGCUGGAGGCUAUGAAGAAAUAUCGUCGUGAGCAGGAGGAGAAGAUGAAUGCUUUGAAGGAGCAAAGAGAACAAGCAAGGGAGAGUACAGUCAAGGAAAAGGCAAAGGAACGCGAGCAGCGACUAUCAGCACUAACGGCUGCUCAAAAUGCCAAAGAGGAAGAGAUUCAGAAGAAAAUUCAACAAAAGCAUGAUGAGAGUCAGAAGCGCCACAAUCAACAGAUUGAACAGAAGAGAGAGAAGGCCAUUGAACUGAGUACCCUUAGACAUUAUCGUACCAGCGACUCCGCCCCUAAACAGAAACCCUACGAGAGGAAGAAGAUGUGUAACUUGUGCAAUGUAUUGAUCCCAUCUGAGGUCUAUCUGAUGAGUCAUCUGAGAGGAAAGAAACACAGAGAGAAAGUAGCAGAGAAACACACAUCAGCUAGCAUCAGUGAAGAGGAAUUGGAAAACAAUUUUGUGAAGCUUGUGGUGGAGGCUCCCGGAGACCAGUCCCACCCUGAGAUCGUAGCUGAGAGGGAGAGACAGAAAGGUAGUCGCAAGAGAGCCAGGAAGCUUAGACAGAGGAUGGCCAGUAAGGGCAAGGAGUAUGAGAACAAUCUGCCUUCAAAGACACAGGGACAAGACUCACACCACAAAGCAAAGUUGCAGAAGCUUUUGAAGGAUCUGAACAAGUAUCUUCAAGCCCAGGACUCCUCUGGUCCCUGGGAACAAAGCAAGGUGUCCGCCAUGGAUAGGGCACUAGGAGAGGUCAACCGCAUUCUGGAUAAAAAGGAGCAAACUGAUCAAAUCAUGUUCAGAGCACAUGGAGGUCUGUCUGUCCUCACAAGGGUUCUCAUGCUAAUAGAUAGCGCCUCCAAUGAUAAACCAGCAGUCGUACCAAAGAAGACACUUUGUUCUUCUGCCGAGGUGUUCCGCCUGGCAUGCAGAAACAACUUUGACAACUGCCAGUACACCAUGUACAGUGGGAAGAUGGCACCUCUUAUUGAUCUUCUCAUGCAUCAACUAUCUGUUCUUAUACCAGACUCGGAUGAUGGUCUACAUAGUCAUCCUUGGGGUCCAGACUCCCUCAAACCACCCCAUGACAGCGUAGCGGGCAGUCUCAUGCUUCUGCUGACCAGUAUACUCAACGUACUGGUCAAGCAUCGGCCGCAAUCUCCAUCCUCACCCGAUGGCAAGCUGCCCUCAUUGGCCAAGAAAAAACAAAAGGAUACAUUUGACCAGUGGGGCAUGGAUGUAGUUAGUUACCUGGUGAGCUGCGGUGUGCUGGAUAAGCUGACGGUGUACUUCAACAAUGUACGCAAUCCCAUUGACCAGGAGCCACAGAUAGCUGAAUUCCUUCAACAUGCCAUGGGCUUACUGGGGGCUAUGACCCGCUUCAUCUCCACUACCUGCAAUAGGUCAGCUGCCGGUAUCUUUGGUCCCAAGAAGGACGACCCCACCCAGCUGGUAGCCACCUUCCAGGUGACCGGUCUGGGGGGCAUUGUAUCCCUCCUCUACGGUAUCCUGCUCCAUGGGGGUGCCCCCUCCCGAGACAGCACCAUGACCCCACCCGAGAUACCAGAACACACCGUCAGUGUGGUCAAUGCUGGUAUCAAGAUGCUGAGUAGCAUUGCCACCCUGGAUCUUAAUGUUCUACAGACUGCCCUAGGAGCAGAGGGGACAUCUCUAGAGUUCCGUCACAUCGCUACCUAUCUCAUGUGGUACUGUAGUCAUUUCACUGCCAACGAGGAUCUUCUUCAUGAGGUCGUUCUCAUCGUUGGCUACAUCACUGUGCUCAACCUAGACAACCAGAUCCUUGUCCAAACCGGCAACACCCCAACCCUUCUUCAGCAGCUGUGCAGUCUCCCAUUCCAGUACUUCAGUGACCCACGCCUCAUCAACGUCCUCUUCCCCACCCUCAUCUCCUGUUGCUAUGACAAUGCAGAGAACAAGAAGAUCUUGCAGCAAGAAAUGAGCUGCUCAUUGCUCAUGUUGUUUUUGGAGGAUCGACAAAGGGACCAAACCAAAACAAAGUUGUUGCCCUCCGCGAGCAAAGCAAGAGAUAAAGAGAGAGAGAAGGAAGGGACAUCCAAGUUCAACCUUGAGUUUCGUUUCCCCGACAACAGUACACAAGCUGCCUUGCAGUUCUUCAAGUCUUAAUGUUCAAAGCAUCAUCUUCGACACAGAGCUGAGGCUACAAUAACUACUCGUUAGAAAUGAGGUCGAUAAAGUAGUUUUAAGGAAAACAAAAUGUUGAAUACUAUGAGUGAGCUUCGUUAGUAAUCAUAUUUUUCAUAACUGCAUGGGAGCUUUUUUUUUAUAAAACCCCAUCUAUGAUCUGAAUUAGCAUAUUGGUGAUAAUCUCCUCUCAAUGUCUGUGUCCAGGGGACAGUAACGGUGUCACCUGUCAACCAUGAUUAUUCAAAAUGUACACUUCUCCUUGGUAACAACACUUUAAAAA